AGUCAUUACCAAUGGAAUCCUUGUGGUAUAUCCCUGUCUCCGCAUUGAAGGAACAAUCAAUAAAAAUAAGAUGGCUUCAUGGAUGAUAAAGGAGAAUUGUCAGAUCAAGUUAUCAGUUCCAGGGUCCUUUGAAAAUCAUUUAUCAACUUUCUGUCGUGCUGAUUCAGAAAAUAAGAACAUCCCAUUUAUUUUUCAUGUGAACAAAGAAAUUUCUCCACAAUUGAACCUAGAAUUGCUACAAACUACAGCUAUGCUAGAGGAGGGAUGGAGUGAAGAUUUACAAAUGAAGACUUCAGUUAUAGGGAAGGGAGGCGUUCCAGUUUCAGAGCUCCCUCUUGGAAAGGAAAUUGAGUUGGCUAUUCCCCUAGGAAAGGACCAAGUUGUGGAUCUGACUGUGAAAGUUGAAGAAAGUCCGCUUGAUAUGGAUGUACGCCUUGGUUCUGACCUCUCAAAAGGGGAGCGUGAAUUUCUGGAAAGGAGGAAGGAAAUAAUUUCCAGUGCUCUGAAGAAGGUACUUGAUUUGCAAGUGGCCCCUAAGAAAGAUGAGGUUCCUGUAGUGGCUGUAGUAGUAUCUGGAGGAGGAAUGAGAGCAAUGACUAGUUGUUAUGGCAACCUAUUUGGCCUGCAGCAGCUUGGCCUCUUAAAUAUCCUGACAUACAUUUGUGGCAUCUCAGGAUCAACGUGGUGCAUGUCUACACUUUACAAAGAUUCUCACUGGUCCAAAAAUGAUCUCCAGGAUGCAAUAAACGAUGCCCAGAAGAUUGUGACUAGUGGAAAAGUUGGGGCAUUUUCUGCAGAACAACUGGCAUAUUACUUUCAGGAGUUAAUUGCCUUAGAGAAAACAGGAAGGAAGGUCACUCUUGUUGACUUGUGGGGUCUCCUCAUAGAAUAUAUCCUUCACAAUAAGAAGGACACAACCAAGUUAUCUGACCAACAGGAAGCAGUGAGGUGGGGACAAAACCCCUAUCCUAUUUAUGCAGCUCAGAAUGUAAGGACCAAUGUUAAAACCAGUGAAUUUACAGAAUGGUGUGAAUUCACACCUUAUGAAUUUGGUAUUUAUAAAUAUGGGGCCUCUAUCUGCACAGAAGACUACAGCAGUAAAUUUUUCAUGGGAUCAUUGCUUGAGAAACAUCAGGAGCCUAGGAUCUGUUUCCUCCAGGGAAUUUGGGCCAGUGCCUUUGCUGGCAACAUAGAUGACAUCUGGGGAGAUGCAGUUGUUUCAGAAAUGAAAUUUGUAGAAUCUAUGAAAGGUGCCAUCAGAAUUUCACUGGAUCCUUCACUGAGACAGGCUGAGGUGAUCAUGCCUGGGGGAGCCUUUACACAAAUAUUUUAUAAUUUGUUUAAGUCACGUAUCACCACUGGGGAAAACUUCAACUUUCUGCAAGGAUUAUAUCUACAUAGGGACUAUGUCAAUGAUAGGGAAUUUGUAGCUUGGAAAGGGGCUCAUCUGGAUGCAGCCCCCAAUCAACUGACACCUGGGGAAGGCAGUCUACACCUGGUGGAUGGAGCUUUUGCUAACAAUUCUCCCUUUCCAUUGGUACUCCAGACAGAGAGAGAUGUUGAUAUAAUCUUGUCAUUUGAUUAUUCUUGGCAAGCUUCUUUUGAGGUACUGCAUCAGGCUCAGAGAUAUUGUGAAGAAAGAGGAAUUCCUUUUCCACACAUUGCUGUGGCAAAUAAUGAAAAGUGUCAUCCAAAGGAGUGUUACAUGUUUUUAAAUGCUGAGAACCCAAAGGCUCCCAUAGUGCUUCAUUUCCCAUUGGUGAACAAGACAUUUAAAAAAUACAAAGCACCAGGAAUAAAACGUGAGACAGAGGAGGAGAUUUCCUUCGCAGACUUCCAUAUAUAUUCUAAAGAUACUCCUUACAGUUCCACAAAUCUCACCUAUCAGCCAAUAGAAUUUGAUAGAUUGCUGCAACUGACCUGUUACAAUGUUAUCAAUAACAAGGAUGCUAUUUUAAAAGCUCUUCACCUUGCCAUGAAGAGAAGGAAGUUCAAAAAGACUAAAAAAUGAGUGUUUUCUCAAGAACUGGUUAUAGGAUUAUUGAAU